UCCUCGCCGACUUUUCUAUAUACACACACUCCUCCGUCUUCUUCCUCAUUCUCUCCAUCUCUCUCUCUCUUAUCGGAUCCAAAUCCCUUUCGGGUUAACGGUUCUUCUCUCUCUCGGAUCCUAUAUCCGCUAAGCUCCGGCAAAGCUCCGGCGAGAGUUCAGGGAAACGGGUGGGAAACGAGGGGGGCCGUGACGGAAACGAUGAAGAUACAGUGUGAUGUAUGUGAGAGGGCGGAGGCGACGGUGCUUUGCUGCGCCGAUGAGGCGGCGCUUUGCUGGGGAUGUGAUGAGAAGGUCCACGCCGCUAACAAGCUCGCCGGGAAACACCAGCGUGUGCCCCUACUGUCCUGCUCCUCCUCAAACCCUAGCUCCAAUUCCUCUCCCAAUCCCACUUGUGAUAUUUGCCAGGAGAAGACCGGGUACUUCUUUUGCUUGGAGGAUCGCGCAUUACUUUGUCGGCAUUGUGAUGUGUCAAUUCACUCGGCGAGCCCUUUUGUAUCGUCGCACCAACGAUUUCUUAUCACGGGGGCGAUGAGGUUGAUGGCCGUCGAUCGCAGUGGCCGUGGAGUGAGAUCCUCGAAACGACUGGAAUGGAUCAGUGCUAUGGAUUCCCGGAACCGGGUGCCUCUAAUUAACGGCAAGGCGAAAUUUGCAAUUACGCAGAAAAGGUUAAAAGGAAAGAAAGAAAGACAAAAUAUCAAGAUUGAAGUAGAAGAAAUGGAAAUUCACCUCACUUUACUUCAUAUAUAUGAUCCAUUAAUUCUUUUGCUUUGAGUUUUUUUUUUUUCCUUUAAAUGUUUGGAUAGUCCUAAUGAUAAAGAGCUUGUUUAGCUUGUAUGUAAAUAUUUCUUACAGUAUGUUUUGUGUUUACUACCCAUUUACUGAUGUAAGUUUGUGUUUUGCAUAAUAUUAAAGCUACCAGAGGCCAUUAUGAUUGGUCCAAGUUGUAAAUGUUUACAUCA